AUGCAGGCCGUUCCCGAAUCCCGACAGCAGACCUUCGAGGAGAUUUACGGUCCUCCCGAAAACUUCCUCGAAAUUGAAGUCCGUAAUCCCCAAACGCACGGCACGUCGCGAAACAUGUACACCUCGUAUGAAAUCAUCUGCCGCACCAACAUCCCCGCCUUCAAGCUCAAGCACUCCAUUGUGCGCCGCCGAUAUUCCGACUUUGAAUACUUCCGAGACAUCCUGGAGCGCGAGAGCACGCGCGUUACUAUCCCUCCGCUGCCCGGCAAAGUGUUCACCAACCGCUUCAGCGACGACGUCAUCGAACAUCGACGGAAAGGUCUGCAGCGGUUCCUGGAGGUUGUCGCUGGCCAUCCGCUGCUGCAGACGGGGAGUAAGGUGCUGGCCAGCUUUAUUCAGGAUCCGAACUGGGACCGCAAUGCAUGGUAG